CGAAUAUUUGAUAAGCAACACAUUCACGAUUUAGCUCUUUUAAAAGGACGGCUCCGUGCUUGUUGAAAGAGAGAUCUAACCCUGGAUACAGACAAUUGAAGAACUUUCCUGUACGAACGAGUUUCCUUUCGGCUCAUGAUGGAUAUACGGAUUAGGAAAUUGAAAAGUCCUGGAAUGAGCCGUUCGCUUCCGACGAGUCGAACGUUCCCGACUGGGUCGAAAAUCAACUGUUUUCAACAAUGCAUCACUACGAGCACAGACAGCCUGAAUUCCGACCUAUGCAAGUCUCCGAAACUCGGACAAUACCGGAAAAUCCCAAACCUCUCCGAAUGUGACGUAUGCCGCGCAAUGAUUAAAGAGGUUAUUAGUUUGAAGUGCUUUCAUUCCACUUGUGACAAGUGUCUGGAAAAGUAUAAGAUUGUAAAAAACGGAUGUCCUGUGUGCGAACACGACGUAUGUGAUUCUCAGAGUUCGUCGAGCAGCGAGCGGAUGCUGGAAGACAGGACGUGCUCCGUGGACGACCUCUUUUUCCACGACCUUGACAUUGAGAAGGCCAGCGACUUCUCUCCGGACACCAUCAACAAUCUUGAGUCGAAGGUGCUGGGGGAACUCGCGGACAAAUUCUCAAAACUUGGACAAGAACAGGGGAGACUUGUCAAAGAGGCAGAUGAAGAAAUUGAUAAGAUAAAAGAACACGUUGUUAAGCUUAAGGCAGCGAUCGACGCUAAAGCGGAGUUCUUGCUGAGAAAUGUUCAAGAAAGCAAGGCCCGACACAGUGCAGAGUUGAAAAGACAAGAAAUGGACCUGACUUCUUUUACUGAGUUUCUCCAGGAUUCUAUUAAGAGUAUUCGUCUGUCUUUAGAGAAUUCGAAGCAGCAAAAUAUCGAACCAGACAAGACACUGGAAGACAAAUUAAGGAAUCUUAUUAAGUUAUCAGACCAGGUUGUCAAUGAAAAUGUUCAUAUUCGCUUUAACGUGAAGCCCAUUACAGAUGCGAGUUUAGAGACUGUGCUAGGCAAGGUCGGUGUUCGUGUUUUUCUCGAGCGGCCUCUGAGUGCCACCUUGCAGAGGACCCUCUUGUUUCCGGCGUCCGUGGUGUGCAUCUGUCCCAUCAACGGGAACCAGGCAUGGGUCGGCUAUCAGAACUUCAUACAGCUGUGCUCCAAGACGGGAGAACGCUCUCAGCCCAUCGAUAUGACAGACGAUGUCCAUGAUCUAUCUAAUGACGAUAAAGGAAACGUUCUAGUUGCCUGUCACACAAGUAUUAAACUCAUGACCCCAAACAUUCAAGUGCAGACGUUGUUUUCAUGUGAACAGCCGGUACAAAGUGUAACGUGUACGCAGGACGGACACAUUGUAGCAUGUGUUGGCACAAGUGUCGCCAUGUUUGACAAACAAGGAAAUUCUAUCAUGGAACUUUCAGAUAGUAGUCUAGGAGAAAUUAAAAUGCCAUACAAGGUCCGGAUAAACGCCAACGGGGACAUUUGUAUUUCCGAUUUCCAGUCGAAUUCUGGCGAAGUCAGCAUCUUUGACGGUUCCGGACGGGCAGUGGCUAAAAUACGGACCGACGGCAUGGCGCCACGUGGACUAGUUUAUAACCGACAGGGCCUUAUUUACGUUGCUGACUUCCGAGCGGACCGGAUCAACGUUUACUCUAGGCAUGGCCACUUUCUUCAGACCCUGAUCAAUACCGGAAGUAACGGUCUGUCUGGCCCCCUGAGUGUAGCCCUGGACGAGUCAGGCGACCUUUGGAUCGGGGACUGGAAACGCCGGCUUCGCGUUUACUCGCAUACCGUGGAACCUUCCGUCAAGGAGUCUGACAAUACGUGACGUCAUAACUGUGAGAGUACUGCACACCGUGCCGUCAACGGUUGACGUCACAACGGAAGUUAGUUGUGCGUAGAAUUUGUGAUAGUUUAAUAAAUCGGUCUCAUUCCAGUAAGGUAUCUGAAUAAGAUUACGUAAUACAAUGAUUUGUAUAUUGAUCAAUUUUUAUAAAAGGAUAUUUUAUUUUUCUCUGUCUCUCUCAUUGGAUGUAUAAACUACUGUAUGGUUUAAUAAUUUUGUUCAGAUUUUUUAAGAAAACAGUUUUAUUUUUUUUAUAAUCCUAUAAUUAGUGCUAAUUAAAAUCAAUAUAAACAAAG